CAACACACAGUCUUAACUUGUGCUUGCUUGCUUUUGCGCUGUGCAGAUUACUAUUACUCAAACUCAAGUAAUAAGUUAAAUCAUAAAGGAAUCUAGGCCUAGUAUUAUGCACUGCAGAUCUCAUUUCAAAUAGCCUAGGCCAAGGCCAAGUUUAAGUUAUUUUGGCAGAAAUAUAAGAAGUGAUGUAAACUAUAAGUUAACUUAUAACAGAGGCUGUCUAGUGUCUUGUGUUGAUCGGUUUGAUCUAUGUAGGCUAGCCUAAAAUUAUUGUAGGAGCAAUUCACAGUGAUACUCAUUAAUAUUUUAUCUAAUAAUUUAUUUUGUAUAGGCCAAGCCUAAUUAUUUUAUCAUGUCAUUGGAGAGGGUCUUGAGUUUUGCUAAGUUUGGACCUAACUCGAAUAUAGUGAAUGCAAGACCAACUGUUCUUGUCGUAUCAUCUGCUGGUUACAUCGAAAAUUUGAAAGAUGCAUUGUUACUAGAAAACAAACAACAGUGCUCUAACGCUAUUCAGUUCAUAUUUUGUGAACAUGUAGAAGAUGUUAUGGAAUGGACUUCACACAACCAACUGUCUCGUGUGGAUUACAUUGUUAUUGUGUUGGAUCCAAGAGAAAGCACUUGUAUAACUACGGCUGAAGAUAACAUCAGCAAGAUUGAUUCUACAUAUAUUGAAGCAGGACGGCUUUGCUUUGUCAAUGGAGCUUGUGGUAUGCGACCAGCUGAUAUGGGCAUUUCUCUAGGACACAUUAAUGUUAUGAGCCAAAAGUAUUCAGUGAUGCUUAUAAAUGGUGAUGUUUUGAAUGCAGAGAAGUGCCUUCAUCUUUCCUCAAGUAUUGUUCGACUGGUUUCAAUUGUGAUUGGUGUCCAGACUGGUGUGCCAAUGAGUGUAGACAUUCCUGGCUACUUCUCCUAGUGAAUGACACUUUAUUGGCUGGCUCAUUUACAAUGGAUAUUGCUGUAAACUGAGUAAAAAUAUUGAACAUUUUUAUUUGACUGCAAAUGUUGUUAUUUAAUGAUUUCAGAUUACAGAUUUAACAGAGAA